GCACCUACCUCAGCAGCUUCCUGCAAAAUGCGCUCAAGAGCAACCAGGUGGAGAUCAACACGGACAGCCGCACGCUGCGGCCCGUGGCCAAGCUGCGCGAGCCGCGCGACCCGCUGGCCAACCUGCGGGACGCGGCCGCGGACGGGCCGCCCGCCGGGCCGCGCUGGCCCGCCGAGUGCCAGGUGCUGGAGGAGCGCGUGCAGCACAUCGAGGUGCCGCCCGCCGUGCCCGAGCAGUACUACUCGCCCACGGGCCGCGAGGUGCAGCCGCAGCCCGUCGGCGAGGAGGUCGGCCAGGUCGUCUUCCAGUACUACCCCGUGAGCGCCGUCAAUUACUUCAGCCGGUCGAGCGUGGGCGGGAGCCGGAUCCUGACGCCGCCCUGCCCGGCGGACCUGCGCGCCGACGACCUGCGCUUCGAGUCGCGCUUCGAGUCGGGCAACCUGGCCAAGGCGGUGCGCAUCACCGAGACGUACUACGAGCUGCACCUCCGCACCGACCUGUACACGCACCGGCACAUGCAGUGGUUCUACUUCCGCGUGGAGAACAUGCGCCGGCGCGCCGUGUACCGCUUCUCCAUCGUGAACCUCUCCAAGGCCGAGAGCCUCUACACGUGCGGCAUGCGGCCGCUGCUCUACUCGGAGCGGGACGCGGCGCUGAACCGCGCCGGCUGGCGGCGCUGCGGCGACAACAUCGCCUACUUCCGCAACGAGGAGGCGACGCCCAACGAGGACCAGGCGCCCAGCUACACGCUCAGCUUCAACGUCGACUUCCCGCACGACAACGACACCUGCUACCUCGCGCACUGCUACCCCUACACCUACUCGGACCUCCAGGAUUACCUCCUCAAGCUGCAGAAUCACCCAGUGAAGUCCACAUUUAGUAAACUGCGGCUGUUGUGCCGCUCCCUGGCCGGCAACAACGUGUACUACCUGACCAUCACCACACCGCCGCCGCCGCCGGCCACCACCGCGCCAUCCAGCCCCAACGGCGGCACCUGCAACAACAACAACUGCACCAGCAACGCCAACAACGUCAACAACAACGUCAACAACAACAACGCCAACAUUCCUCAGGGCAGCCCGACGCGGUGCGCGGCCUGUGCGGCCUGCACCCCUGCACCGCCACCCCCGGAGGAGCCCAAGAAGAAGAAGGCCGUGGUGCUGACGGCCAGGGUGCACCCCGGGGAGACGCCGUCCUCCUGGAUGAUGAAGGGUUUCAUGGACUUCCUGACGGGCAACAGCAACCAGGCCAAGGAGCUCCGCGACAAGUUCAUCUUCAAGCUCGUCCCGAUGCUCAACCCGGACGGCGUCAUCGUCGGCAACAACCGGUGCUCGCUGACGGGGCGCGACCUGAACCGGCAGUACCGGACCGUCAUCCGGGAGACGUACCCGCCCGUGUGGCACACCAAGCUCAUGAUCCGCAGACUAAUGGAGGAGUGCGGUGUCGUGAUGUACUGCGACCUGCACGCGCACUCCCGGAAGCACAACGUGUUCAUCUACGGUUGCGAGAACAAGCGCGGUCCGGACAAGCAGCUGCAGGAGCAAGUGUUCCCCCUCAUGCUUCACAAGAACGCGGCAGAUAAGUUCUCGUUUGAAAACUGCAAGUUCCGCAUCCAGCGGUCCAAGGAAGGCACGGGCAGAGUGGUGGUCUGGAUGAUGGGCGUGGCCAACAGCUACACGAUGGAGGCUUCGUUCGGCGGGUCCACGCUCGGCUCCAGGGCGGCGACGCACUUCUCGGCGCAGGACUUUGAGAACAUGGGUCGCGCCUUCUGCGAGACGCUGCUGGACUUCUGCGACCAGGACCCGAGCAAGGUGACCCGACCCGGAGGAUGA